CGUUGUCGUGUUUGUUGGCUUUCGUGAAAGUGAAUUCAUCUCUUCCUUGAAGGUCCAAAUACCGAAGGUUGUCAGUUUGUGCGAGUGGUUUUUAUUUCUUUUUAAAUGGGAUUAAUCUGAACAGGCCUUGACGUAGUCCACAGGAGAGGGAGAGGCUACCGAAAAUCAUCUCGCUCAAAGCAGCGAAAGGCUAGCAGCAGCAGCAGUCAGAGGGCAGCAGUAUUUCAGCAUCGCGUGUGUGUGAAAAGUGAAAAGUGAUUCUCCGUCGUCGUUUCCGAAAACGGAGGCGAACAAUUUUCUUCUUGAAUCCGAGAAGAGGAUAUUGGCCAUCUCGUGAAAAGCACGGGUUACCUCGGACGGUCACCGGUGGCUCUUAGGACGGUCGUGUGAACGGAAUCUGCGGAUCUCGUGCUGCGGAGAACAUUUUUUUGCGUUUCAAAUCUGCCUGCCGCUGCCCAUUUUGUGUGUGCGAAGAGAAGAAAAACUCGGUCGGGGCGUCGACUUACGGCGGAGACUAACAACUUGGUGACCGCAAAUCCCUGCCUGUGGAGAACAUCCGACUCGAGAACAGUUUGGCGAUAUCGCCAGUAGUAAAUGCGGAUUAUGAAGUGAAUCUUACGACUGGAUAGUUGGGAGUGAAAAUUUCGGAAGAAAAUGGAAGCGAUGCUGGAAAAAGGAUAACCAGCCACUGGCUUCGGUGGAGAUUGCACCUAAGUGGGGGAGGAAUUGCUGAAGUGAUUUUUGUUGAAGCAAUAAAAUCGUAGGAAAAUAUAGAAAAUGGUGUUACGCACUAAUGCAUUUGUCCCCGAAGAGAUGAUGGAUGACGAUAAGUCCUCCCGUUUGGUGACGAGUGAUGGCGGCGAGAAAAAGAAGAAGUAUGGUAUCAAUAUUUAAGAUGAGACCACCUCAGUGAGGUCUUGUAAGGGAAAAAAAGUGAAUAGUGUUAUGCUUAUGCAUGAAUAGGAAGAAAAAUGGUUCGAAAAAAGUCUUCCCUGUGCAUACAUUUAGAAAAAUCUCUUCAAAAUGACCAAGUGUACAGGUAUUUUGGAUACUGCGAUACCUCUGGGGGCAAGUGAAUUUUCCAGCUGAAUUUUUAAAUAUACUCUACAACACAUUUGGAGUAACGGGAGUAGCAGCAGCCGAAGAAAAAAAGCAGACCCCGAAAAAGGAAGAGGCGGUGGGUUGGGGCGUGCAAGGAUUUUCUUGUAAGCCUCUCCGAUUUUCGAAUCCACCGACAGCACUCGGUGGAGGGAGGCUGUCUCUCUGGAUCUUCCGAAACAGGGUCUCCACGUUCUCCUCGCGUUUCCUUCUCUCGUGAACUCGCGUGGCUCCUGUCACUCAAACACAAAUGCAAACCGCAGACUUACACACUCGCACUUUCGUUGGAGCAUAGUGAAAAGUGAGAAAGUUACUAGGAUAUCAGUUGAAAAAAAAAACAAGUUUUCAUUUCGUAUAAAAAUGACAAAAACUACGACUUACCGAUUAGCCAACCAAGCGUUCGAUCCCAGAAGACAUCGAAUAGCAAUGGAACUGGUGCUUCUGGUGCUACUCUGCCUAUUAGAUCGCUGUGCAGUCGGGCAGCGUCCACUGGGCAAUGCCACUUUUGGGGCAGCGCACAAUUCGACGGGCGUGAUCAAUGUUCUGCAGCUAUCGAGCACGUCUACGACAAGUGAACCGGACCGCUAUCAACAUUCGGUCCAUCGUACCAGUUCUAGCAAUCACAUAGCCAUCGACGAGGAUGACAAUGCUACUCAACACUCAAGCUUCAACGAUAUCAAACUGGAAAGUGGCAGCAACAUGGUUCCAAAUGCGCGAAACACUAAAGCACAAGUUCCGACGCCGGCCACUGCGCGUGGUUCCGUCGGUAGCGGUUUGUUCAGUCCCCGACGAGGUUCGGGUAUUUCUGAUCUGCGAAAUUUCAACAAAGUGCUGAAGGCAGAGGAAACGGCCGCUGCAGCAAGGGUUAACAAUAACAGUUACUCGAAGCAACAGCCACAGAGCCAGAAUUAUGGCAAUUCGGUGCAAGCUCCAGGAUGGGGAAAUCGCAACCGCUACAACACAAAUCAAAAGGAUGAUCCACUGCGGACGAUAUUGCACAAAAUCAAUGUGAAAUACACCAAUGAACCGAUCCAGCGUAUGGAAAUGGACGACAUCCUGGGAGUGAAGUGCAACUUUGAAACCGAGUGCGCGUGGAAGGUGGACGAAAACCAGCCAAAUACCUUUCAGGUGGUAACCGGAGCAAACCUUACGGCCUCCAAUCGGACUGGCAUGAUGCCGGGUCCGAGCGCGGAUGUGCUGGGUGAUGCGUAUGGACAUUUCCUCCACUUACGGCUGACGACGAACAGUACACAGCACAUUCUGACGUCUCCGGUCUUUGGUGCCACACGGGAAAACUGCUUCCUCGAAGUGAUGGCCCAUCAGAGCUCAAUGGGCCACGGCAGUCUGCGGAUAGUGAUUGAGACGAACGGGAACCAGGAUCCCUCUUGGGUACCGGCUGAGUUUACGGGAAAUGAUUUGCGGAAGUGGCAGCUGUUUACGUUCCGGAUCGAUAGGAUAUCGAAAGAUUUUCAGAUCCUCUUCGAAGUGGUUCCCAAUCAUCUCGGUGCACGGGCCAGAGGGCACGUCAGCAUCGAUAACUUGAAGAUGGUGAACUGCUUCCCGGAUGCGAUGAGUACGGACAAUUGUAGCUCUUCGCAGGUUCGGUGCACGGCCAAUAAGGUUGCAGUUUGUAUCAAGACGGCAAUCUGCGACAUCACCGUUGACUGUGACGAGGCAGAAGAUGAAACUCUCAACUGUGACAAAAUUCCAUUCGGAGGCCGCUGUGAUUUUGAAACGGGCUGGUGUGGAUGGCAAAACUACGGCAAUGCUAUCCUUUCGUGGGCCCGCCACUCGGGUCCUACGCCAACCGACAAGACUGGACCGGAAUCCGAUCAUACCCACUGGGAGAAUACUACUGGAUACUACAUGUUCGUCAACAUGAACCAACAUGCCAACGAUAGCGAGAAGAAAGCACUGGUAGGCUUAGCUAGCAACGCAAUCAUGAACAGCGUCAUCUUCAACCCACCUCCUCUAGUGCACACGAAUAUUUCCUCGCCGUUUCGGAACUCUUGUGUGGUCCGCUUUUACGUCCAUCAGUUCGGUAUGAACUCAGGAAGUAUCAACCUCUCCAGUGUCGAAAUCAAAGAGAAGGAAAAUGUGACCACCACUCUGUGGUGGAGUUCGAAGAAUCUCGGCGAUGUAUGGAUGAGGGUGGACAUAGUUCUGCCGAACAUCACUACCAAAUAUUACCUACAGUUUGAAGCUCGCAUGGGUAUGCGAAUCUACUCGGACGUUGCCAUCGAUGACUUUUCACUAAGUCCGGAAUGCUUCGGGCUCAACAUACCGGCCGAAGACCUACAGGGGUACAACUACUGGGAUCCACGAAUCGGAGGGGUCAAACAACCUCAUAAAGACUUUGUCGGGAAGUCCUAUAUUGAACUGAAUACGUGUGGAGCCAAUGGGCAGCAUGGUCCAACUCCGGCCGAUUGUUUGGCUUCCUACAACAAUACUGAAGCAUUGAAUGCUAUCCACGUGAUUGACAGCCUUCCGUUCAAGGGAAUCCAGGCUUGGAAGGUGCCGAACGAGGGGUACUACACGAUCAUUGCAAAGGGUGCCGGAGGAGGUCUAGGCUCGGGCGGAGUUGGGUCAUCCCGGGGUGCGAUGGUGUUGAGUGUGCUGGAGCUGCACAAGGAUGAAGAAAUCUACAUUUUGGUGGGGCAGAGCGGAGAGCAUGCUUGCAUCAAAUCGAUUGGACUGCAGGAUGAAAGUUGCGAGACGAAGAACAAACAAUUCGCGAGCGAUCAUUUCUUCUCCAAAACGCAGCAAGUGAAGAAUACGGUGAUUGAGGACGGUGCCGGUGGAGGUGGAGGAGGAACCUAUGUGUUUUUGGUAGGUCUCAACUCCGCCAACACUGCCGUACCAUUGUUGGUAGCUGGUGGAGGUGGUGGCCUUGGCGUAGGUCGCUACCUGGACGAAGACAUACAACAUGGUAAAAGGUUCAUUCCUGGGAAGAAGGACGUAUCUGGUACGGCUCAUUCGGAUGCGGCACGCCAUUCUGGCCCAGGAGGAGGUUGGCGAGCGCAAGCAGACAUGGCAUUGGAGGCCACCUACGGAGCUUCGUUGUUGGAAGGUGGUCGUGGAGGGAUAUCUUGCUAUCCCCCACGAGGAACCCACGGGCAAGGUGGUUUCGGUGGAGGUGGAGGGGGAUGCGAUACCGGUGGUGGUGGAGGAGGUUUUUCCGGGGGAGAUACAAUGAUCAACUCUACCAACGGACAGGGCGGUAGCUCGUUCCUGGCUUCCAAAAGGAACGUCCCGGAGCUGUCUAUCGAACAUUCUGGGGCAAACAGUGGUCACGGCUCGGUGCUGAUUAUACCGGCCAUUCAGGGCUGUGGAUGCGAUUACCGAUGUGUGGCGCUCGAUGAAUACCGUUCCAUGGUUGGAUGUAUCUGUCCGGAUGGGUGGACGCUUAAACCUGAUAACUAUACUGCUUGUGAAUUACACACUGAAACUCUAGAAAUGAAGUACCUAAUCAUGUUCUUUGUCGUCGUUGUGAUAAUUUUAUGUGCAGCACUGGCUAGUCUAAUACUCAUUUUAUAUAACCGCUAUCAACGUAAACGUCAAGCCGCCCUUCGGCACAAGAUGCUCCUCGAGCAGGAUCUGCAGCUGAGUCGGCUACGCAGCACCGCGGACGAUACGGGACUGACCAACUUCAAUCCUAACUACGGUUGUGAUGGCAUUCUAAAUGGAAACGUCGAUGUCAAGAGCUUGCCCCAGGUGGCACGUGAGAGCUUGCGGCUGGUUAAGGCCCUCGGACAGGGAGCAUUCGGAGAGGUCUACCAAGGGCUGUAUCGACACCGAGAUGGAGAUGCGGUCGAGAUGCCAGUGGCGGUAAAAACCCUCCCGGAAAUGUCAACCGGGCAGGCAGAGUCAGAUUUCCUCAUGGAGGCGGCCAUCAUGGCUAAGUUCAACCAUCCAAACAUCGUUCACCUGAUAGGUGUCUGCUUCGAUCGACACCCGAGAUUCAUCGUACUGGAGUUGCUUGCUGGUGGCGAUCUCAAGAACUUCCUUCGGGAAGGUCGAAACAAACCUGAACGUCCAUCUGCUCUCACGAUGAAGGAUCUGAUCUUCUGCGCCCUUGAUGUGGCCAAGGGCUGCCGUUAUAUGGAAAGCAAACGCUUCAUCCAUCGUGAUAUUGCCGCUAGGAAUUGUCUGCUCAGCAGUAAGGGUCCCGGCCGGGUCGUCAAGAUUGCCGACUUUGGAAUGGCUCGUGACAUCUACCGGUCCGAUUACUACCGGAAAGGUGGCAAAGCGAUGCUACCGAUCAAGUGGAUGCCUCCGGAAGCUUUCCUGGAUGGUAUCUUCACCUCAAAGACUGAUGUAUGGUCGUUCGGUGUGCUACUGUGGGAGGUCUUCAGUUUGGGUCUGAUGCCGUACACCGGACUUCCGAACCGUGAUGUGAUGCAACUAGUCACCGGCGGAGGUCGGCUCGAUGCACCUCCAGGCUGUCCGAUUGCCAUCUACCGCAUAAUGGCUGACUGCUGGAACCCUACACCGGAGGAGCGACCCACGUUCUCAAACCUUCUGGAACGACUGACGACCAGUACCCAGGACCCGGAGGUGAUGAACGCUCCACUACCAAGCUUCUUCCGGCAACCAUCUAACGAACGAGACACGACUAUAAUGCGACCACCCGGAAACGAUGAUUUCUGUCUACAGGUGCCAAACUCGUCCGAUUACCUUAUACCACUUCCGGGACCGCGAAGCGUAGCUGAACGGUUACUCAGUGAGGCGACUGGUAUAACCAUUUCGGACGCCAUGGUCACUUGCACUGCUCCGAAGAUUGCUUCGCCGAGGAUUAUGAAUGGUCCUCAGUCACAACCCCAGGAGGGUAAAUGUUGGGAAACUUCCUUCAUCCGGGAGCACCCAACUGUAGUGACUUCGGCUGCUACAAUGACAACCCAGGAUCCUAUCAUGUUGGUCAACGAAAACGGACCUCUGGAGGUUCCUUGUCCAGUGGUCGAUAAACUGAUAUCCCUGGACACUCCGCAGCAGACACCAACCAGUAUACAACCGCCCAUUUCGUUCAGCACACCGAUGACAAACCCACACGGACCCUUGAAUGGAAUGGUAACACACUGCAACGGAUUAAACAUGACCCCGAAUGGUAAUGGCGUGAUGUCAUCGCAAUCGUCGGUGGAUCAGAUCGAAACGGCCAAGCUGCUCAACAGUAUACCGCCGCCGAUAACGUUGGAUCCGUCGACGUUGAACAAGCAGCAGACGGGCGUAGGAGGUACCUCGUAUGCCAACAUUCGGAUGAUCAAUGCGAAUGCUCUGAGCAACGGGGACAUCGGGGAGAAGCUUGCCGGAGGAAGGGGCAAUGGAGGCGGAGUAGGUGUUAUUGGUGGUGCCAAUCACCAUCACAGUAAUAGUAGCGGAAGUGACAAGAGCGACAACCGGCCGUCGGCCUUCACCAUCCAGACGUUCAGCGAUCGGUACAUCAACAAUGAGAACCACUCGGAGAUCAGUUGCUAAGGUGGCGGCUGAGAUUGUUAAAUGAAUGUAAGCGCACGGGGAAGGCAAAGUGUUUCUGGGACGUUCAGUUGCCUGGAAAGUUGGCGAAUAGUGGUGACUGGAUAUCGUUAAGUCGUCAAACUCUCGUAUUUUGGAUCUUGCUUUAAUUGAGUUCAAAUAAUCGCUUGGUAAUUGCUAAAGUUCCCAUUUACUUACCCUAGAAGUCGUGCACUUUCUCUGUAUGCCCUUUGGAAAAAUCCUCAAUGUCCUGAACAUUGUUCUGGACUAUCCUCGAAAGAUCUGUGGAUCUGCCAAAGUUGACAGUUUGUCUUGCGAACGAAUCGUCAAAUGAAUGCCAAAUUUUAUUGGGCUUGAGAUCUCUUUUGUUAGUCUCCUGAAACAUUCUCGAGGCAUUGUCGGCAAGAUUGAUUUCGCGAUAUCGGGAUCAGUGAUGGCAUUACCAUUUGAUAAAUGAUAAUUUUUUGCUCUCAUACGCUCUUAAUAUCACACUUGAUAUUUUGGAUCAAAAUGUUAUGUUUGAUAUUGAUUUUACAAGCUCCUUUGAUACUGCGAGACUACUUAUCACAUGUGAAAUAGCAGCUGAGAGUUGACUCGACGCAACAUUGAUUCCGUUGCACAUCGUUUUUUUUUAAAGAGAUACAAAAGUCCGGAGAACUUUAAGAUUUGGGCGUAAUUGCUUUUGUAAACAAACAUGUGAAUCGCUGAUUUCUCGCGAAUAAAAGAACAAUCUCGU